CGAACCAGCACUAAUGGAUGCGACAGUGUGUACUGGACCCUAAUGGGCUUCGCCCACGGCACCCGCCUGGGCAAGGAAGAUCAGGCCAUCGUCAGAGACGCGCUCGAUGCCGCCGAGCGCACCAUGUUCUUCACAAACGACUACUACAGCUGGCCGAAGGAGAAGCGCGAGACCAAGAGGCGCCCCGUGGCCAACGUCAUCCUGUUCCUCAUGCAACACCAGAACAUGUCCGAGGAGGAGGCGAUCGCUCAGGCCAAGGAGCUCAUCAUCCAGAACGAGCAGGAGUUCGUGAAGCGUCGUGAGGCGCUCUACCAGGCCAACCCUGAUCUCGCGCCCAAGCUCCGCAAGUGGAUGGAGAUCCUCGGCUCGUCCCUCGCAGGUAUCCACUACUGGUCCAAGAACACGCCCCGCUACGCCGUGCUUGCCACGGUCGAGGAGAGUGAGGAGGAGGAUGAGCACAGCCAGCACGGUUCCACCACCGAUGUGGUAGAGAACUCUUCCGAAGGAGAUGCCUCGGCUGAAGAUGAGGAUGACGAUGAGGAAGAUGAGGAUGAGGAAGCGGAGGCAGAGGAAGAGGAAGAGGCGGAGGAAGAUCAGGAGCAGGAGGCGGAACAUGUGGAGGAAGCGGCCCAGCCCGAGGAGCCCCAGGACGCGCCGGUCUGGACUCCGCUCGCCGAGGAGCCUGCCCCCAUCGUCCAGCUCAACACCAUGCCCCUGCUGGCCCCCGCCGGCUACAUGAGAUCCAUCGCCAUCACCGACCUGCAGAGCGAGCUGCUGAGCGCUCUCAACGUCUGGCUGCAGGUCCCCAACCGCCCCCUGACCUACAUCAAGCAGAUCAUCAACGAACUGCAGGACUCGGCCCACAUGCUGGCCGACAUCCAGGACCACGCGACCCACCGCAGCCAGCGCACCCCGGCCCACCAGGUCUUUGGCCGGGCGCAGUGCAUGAACAGCGCCGCUUACACAUUCGUCCGCGUGGCUAAGAUCGUCAACAGCCUCAAGUGCCCCGGCAUGCUUGACGGGCUUCUGGAAGAGCUGGAGGCCCGCUUUAUCGGCCAGUCGUGGGACCUCGACUGGCGCACCACCUCCCACGCCCCGUCCGAACAGGAGUACCUGACCAUGGUGGACCAGAAGUCGGGCUCCACCUUCCGCCUGCUCGUGCGCCUCAUGCAGGCCGCCAGCAUGGAGGGAUCAUCGCUGGACUUUGAGCCCCUGGCCAAGCUGCUCGGCCGCUGGUACCAGAUCCGCCACGAGUACCUGGGACUGCUCGGCCGCGGCGAGGACCUGGACCACGGCAAGAUCGUCUACCCGAUCGUGCGCUGCUGCAACCUGGACCCGGCCGCCAAGACGGUCAUCCUCGGCAUUUACCGACAGAAGGCGGCCGAGGCCCCGCUGUCGCCGGAGAGCAAGACGCAGAUCCUGGAUCUGCUGCACCGCACGGGCGCCCUGCAGGCGACCUACGAUCUGAUCCGCCAGCUCGGCCGCGAGGUGAACAAGACGGUGACGGAGCUGGAGGCGGCCGCCGCGGAGCUGAACCCGGCCUUGCGGGGUCUGGUCAAGUCCCUGAGCGAGCUGCCCAUCCCCACCUCUUUGUAAAGAAAGAGGAAGAAGGAAGGAACCUGAUACCCCAAAACGAUUUAUGAUGCCCUAAUGAUUUUGUUUUCACUUUCCUUUGUCAGCAUCCACUCUUUCUUCCGGCAUGAUCGAUGACUUAUGAUGUUUUGUUUGUGUAUUAUAGAAUGCGCUAUGACUGAUGAUGGUUGAUGUAUAUACGUCUUCAAAUGAGUUCAGACUGAGUUCCCACUCCGGGGUGAGAUGUACUUGAGGUGUAGAUAAGGUGUAGCUGGGAUGUCGUUGAUCUGUA